UGGAAUGCGCCCCAAAUUUUUUUUGCGAAUUUCGUCCUGAAAUUUAUACUGUAAAAAAUUCAGGAUAUAUGCGAUUGAGUACCGAUUUUAUUUUGAUGCCAUUUUGUACGAGGUUUUUCCUAUUGUGUCACAAACAUGGCCCCUGACGUCGCUUUUCGUGCAACGCCCAGCUCCGGGUGCUCACGGCAUUUUUCCUUUCCUGUGCUCUGAUUGUCACUUAAAUGAAAAAUACAAAAUAGUUGUCACUUUGCAUGCAGAAAAUGCCACUCGAUGGUAUAAAAUUUAGCGAAAAAAGAUUGACGCUUAAGACGUCAGAGACGAAAUGGUCACGUCAAAACGGAAAAACUCGCAUCGAGUUUUGCUGCAAAUUUUGCCUUAAAAUCCAAUUUGUGAAAAAUUGGCUCGAUAAAAAAACGUAUAACUUUGGUAUGUUGUUUAACAGUAUUUGUACUUUUAGCCGACACAAAGAUAAUUAGGGGUCACCGACUUACAUUUUUCAAUAUUUGACAAUGUUUUACCCCUACCCCCAUUAAGAAAUGACGCGCUAAAUCUUGUUUUAUCUGACAAAUUAAUCUAAAAAAAUCCGCGAAACUGCAUAUGUCGUCAUUUUCUCCAUCUUACGUCAUUUGACGUCAAAGUUCCUUCACACGUAAACAUUUAACGGAUUAAUAAAAUGGAUCCACAUGGAAGUAUUGAGAGACAUAAGGGGAGAUUUGUUAAGAAAGUGUUGAAGAAAAAGUCAGAUUUUUUAAAAACAAGUAAUAAACUGAAGCAUUCAGGUGAUUACGGACAUGUUCCGGAAAGAAGAAUUGUAGACAUGAAAUAUUUUGGCGAGAUAUUUGAUAAAGGGUGUAAAUCAUGUAAACGACAUUUCUUAUUCAAGGAUAUCAUCGCAGAAAACAUUUAUGGACUUUGUUCAUUAGUGAAAUUUAAGUGUUCAAAAUGUCGACAGGAAACUACAAUUUCUACAUCGAGGGCUUCCGGAGAAACUGAUAAGACUUUGACAAAAUCUCCGUACUCAGUUAAUCUGAAAGCUGCAAUUGGGAUGAUCCACGCUGGUAUAGGAGAAACACACAUGAAUGGCUUUCUUGUGACAUUAGGGAUACCACCAAUACACCAUAAAACAUUGAAAAAACAUGAACGGAAAGUUGGAAAAGUUAUGGAGGAAAAUGCACGAGAUUCAUGUGCCCGUGCGUGCGAAGAGGAAAAGACGGCAUCACGAGCUUGUAUGUUACCAGCGACUGUCACAGAACGAGGUGAUGGCGAUAACAUAAGAGACACGUUCCUGCAUGAACCAAAUACUGAUCGGGUUGCAGCAGACGACAAAGAGAUGUACGCAGCAGAUGACACCGACACUGAUCAAAUAACUUUUGAUGAGGCAAUGGCUAUGUUAGAAGAAUAUGACAGAGCUAGCGCAUCAAAUGAGAUUCAGACUACAGACCAAGCAGAGGGACAGUCAUCCUUUCACAUCUCUGCAUUAAACGAAGAUACAUCACAAAAUAUGGUAGAAAUGGAGACUUUGCAGAAAGACCAAGUUGAAGUUGUUGUUAGCCAAGACGCAGCAUGGUCAAAACGUGGCCGCGGAAUGAACAGUUUAUCAGGUUGGGGACAUGUUAUAGGAGUGAAGACUAAAAAGUGUUUGAACUAUUCUACACGAGUCAAGAACUGCGCAAAGUGUAACUUUAACAGCAAAACGGGAAAAAAGGUACAGCAGCAUGAUUGUCGUAAAAACUGGACCGGAAGUGCUAAAAGUAUGGAACCGGAUAUCGUAACGAGUCUGCACGAAAAAGCGAUGGAUUCUGGUAUGAAAUUUGUAGGUGUAAUUGGUGACGAAGAUUCAUCAGCUAUAAAACACAUACGAGAGAAAGUGAAUCCAAAUAUCAAGAAAUUUUCAGAUUUCGGACAUAUAAAAAGAAAUUUGAGACGGAAACUUGAGACACUACAGAAAGAAAAUAAAAGUCUCACCAGGAAAGUUACAGACAGCUUCCUAAAAAACUUCUCAUAUGCUGUCAAACAAAACAGAACAGGGACAGAGGAUGACAUGAGCAAGUCUAUAAUGGCAAUAGUACCUCAUAUGUAUGGAAAUCACAGUAUGUGUGGUCAUUGGUGUUCCAUCACGACUGGCAAAAAUGAAAAACAUGCUAAUUUACCUAAAGGCAAAGAUCUGACUGACCAGUCAUUGAGACUCGAAAUGGAGAAUUUGUUGGCGCCUUUUAUUUCUAACCCGGGAAAACUCAUGACAUCUGGUACAACCCAGUCAAAUGAAUCACUGAAUAAUGUUGCUUGGAGCAAAGCUCCUAAAAUACGAAACUACAAUGCCAGCGAAAGUUUUGACAUUCGGUGUUCGGCUGGAGUCGCGCAGUUUAAUGAUGGAAUUGGAUAUGUGAACAAAGUUAUAGAAAAUUCAGGUCUUUCUCCACAAAAAAUUACUAGUAAAUACACUUGUUCAAAAGACAGACAGAGGAAUUAUUUUAAAUCUUAUAAAACCGAAAAAAAAGUCAAGCAAAGGCGUUACGAAUUGAAGAAGAAAAGAUUGUUUGUGAAUACCUCUUCCGAAAUUAAGGAAGGCACAACAUAUGCAUCAGAGUGUACAUUCGAAACGGAAGAUAUCGAUACUGUAAGAAUCCCGGAUGCCACAGACUUUUGCCAAGCAAACGAAAAUGCAGGAAACAUUGGCGGAAAUUUCAUAUUUUACGACAUUGAAACUACGUCACUAGGGAACGAAGCUGAAAUUGUGCAACUUUCUGCGAUGUCCAGGAUCGGCACAAAAUUCAACCAGUAUGUCGUUCCCGACGGGUACAUCACUAAACAAGCGUCGGCAGUUACCGGAAUUACGAUUUCUGUAAUAAACGAUAAAAAGGUUUUAUACAAAGAAGGAAAACCGCUCCCCGGGCGCACCAUUUGUGAUGUGUUGAAAAGUUUUAUUGAAUGGAUUCGGUUGUUGGAUGAAAAACAUAACAUUUUAGUUGCCCAUAAUGGAAAACAAUUCGACAUGAGAAUCUUGGUAAAAAGUUGUAUUAAAGCCGGAUGUCUGGACGAGCUAUCUGAACAGAUUUAUGGAUUUGUUGACACUUUACCACUGUUUAGAUCUAUAACAGAAAAGGGAGUUUCAGCAUCGCUAGUAAAUAUAUAUCAGAGGGAGUUCGGCUGUAAAUACAACGCACAUGACUCAUGUGAAGAUACACAAGCACUUAUGCAUUUGUUCUAUCACAAAAAUCUCGAACAAAGAGCAUCAUCUUCUUUCAUAAAAUUUGAUCUUGCUUUGAAAUAUUUAAAAAAUGUAAGUGUUGUUAAAAGAAAUCGCAACCAAAUUGAGCGUAAACUCUGUGUGGAGAACAAAAUAAUUUCCAAGUAUUUAGCAAGGAAAAUAGCUGUCACCGGACUUUCCUAUGAUCAUUUACAGCUAGCAUUUGCAAGGGACUGUGUGAAUGGCUUGCGGUAUGUAUUAGGAGAAAAGGUUAACGGUAAAGCGAGAGUAACCGAAAAGACAACUAUUAUUCGAGCUUUGAAUCUGCAUUUUGAAAACAUCAAUAGGAAAUAAAUAGUGGGUAAUACAAAACAUA